AUCGUUGCCUGUCCCCAGGAGGCAUACACCGUACUUCCAACAGCCGGACAUCCGACUCUACGAGCUCAAUAAGAGGUUACAACAGCGGACUGAGGAAAGCGACAAUCUUUGGUGGGACUCCUUUGCGACUGAAUUUUUUGAGGACGAUGCCACACUCACACUCGCAUUUUGCCUCGAAGACGGACCCAAGAGAUACACAAUAGGAAGGACGUUAAUACCGAGGUACUUUCGUUCAAUAUUCGAGGGAGGUGUUAUAGAACUUUAUUACCACAUGAAGCAUCCAAAGGAGUCAUUUCACAAUACGAGUAUAACGUUGGAUUGUGAAAAUUGUGUGAUGGUUACGCAUCACGGGAAACCACCGUUUAUGAAGGAUUUUCUGUUCCAGGUGUGUACAGAAGGUAGGCUAAUAUUAGAAUUCACCUUCGAUGACUUGAUGAGGAUAAAAUCGUGGCAUAUGACGGUACGGCAGCAUCGAGAAUUGGUACCCAGAUCGUAUGUUAACUUGCACACAGCCCAGCAAGAUCCAUCGGCGAUUGAACUAUUGAGCAAAAACGUUACUAGACAAGGCAUCACAAAUUCUACUCUUAAUUAUCUUAGGUUAUGUGUCAUUUUGGAGCCAAUGCAGGAGCUUAUGUCGAGGCACAAGGCUUACGCACUGUCGCCGCGUGACUGUCUGAAGACAACUCUUUUUCAGAAGUGGCAGAGGAUGGUUGCCCCGCCGGGUAAGAGAGAAUCUCAGAGGCCUGCGAGUAAAAGGAGAAAGCGAAAGGGGAGUGCAUCAGGGCCCGGAAAUAAUGCACCACCAGCCCCCAGUAAAAAGCGAUCACCAGGGCCCAACUUUUCCUUAGCAUCGCAGGAUGUGAUGGUAGUGGGUGAGCCAUCUCUGAUGGGAGGUGAAUUUGGUGAUGAGGAUGAACGAUUGAUAACAAGGCUUGAGAACGCGCAGUACGAUGCUGCUAAUAGUCUCGAUCCCCAUAGUCACGAUACCUCAGGGGGCCCACCACCCCAUCCCCAUCAAUUUCAUUCGGAACCAACACCCGGUAAUUCCUGGCCACCUGACCGCGGUGGAGGACCACCCCAAGGAGGUCCCGGAAGUCAGGGUGUGCAGGGUGCUGGAGGUGGUGGAGGAGGUAGUGUACAGGGCUCGCAAGAUGGGAGCCAACAGCAGCAAGACAAAAAGAGCCCCGCAGUGAGCCAGUGAGGCCAGGAGUCCCCGCGCCCACCCACCAGGGGGCGUCGGGGGCGCAGGCCCAAAAACGUGGCUCCCUAGCGGGGCGAGAACACGGUGUUAUCAACGAGCUCAUAUCUGACCUCAUCAACCGCCUCGUCGCGUUAUCAUGGACAGUUAACUGGUAUGAUGCCACAGCUUCCAAUUUCUGAGCCAACAUCCAUGUCCAUGGAGAGCGCUGAUAUUGGACUGUCUAAUACCGUUACAACUGCUCAACCUACUGGUGGAGGUGUUACGCAAACUAAUCAGGGUCAAGAUCCACUACAAAGUAUUGUACAGCAGUUACUCUACCUUCAACAACUAGAUUACAUCCUUGCACAGCAUGGACACAUGUGACCCAACAAACAGGGGGCUGGUCAUCAAUUCAUUGAACAUUCAAUACAAACAUCAUUCGAACAUUGAUAACAUUAUCUGAGAAUCGUCAAUGACUCAGGGGCUUAAUGAAAAAUAAAACAAAAUAAAUGACAAGUUCAACUUGGUUGAGUUAAAACUUGAAUAAAUUCAAAGACGAUUAAAUUAAUGAAAGUCAAAUUUUAAUUAUGGAAUUUCUUCAUCGAAAUUUUUUAAAUAGAAAAUAAAUUCUACGAUACCCUGUUUUGGGAUCGAGUGAUACGCAAAAAUAGUUGGCAAUGUGAAAUAAUAUUCUUUUUUUUUAUAUCAAGUGGAGUGAGGGUGAAGGAGUGGUUAAUGGAAACGAAUGAAUGUUCAGUAAAAUUAAUUCUACGAGGUGGAAAAUCGUGGAGAUUUUUCUUUGAUUUUUUUUCCCUCCAAUCGAAGGUCAUGUACAUCAUCCGCGCACAAAAAUGGACAAUUUCUAGUUUUUGGGGUUUUUUAAUUUACGCUCGAUUAGACGUGCGCGAGCUGUGAAUGAAUCUCUAUCCGUCAACAGUAUUGAUAUAAUUAUAGAAUAAAUGAAUAUAAUAUUCUAAGAGGUUUUUAGACUGUAAGUACGUACUGUGCAAGCGAAUUCUGAGUGACUGAACAAUUUGUUCUGUGGAUGAAUGAUUAUUUUUUUUCGUUCUUUUCAUGACAAUUGGUCGUAUGAAAUUGUCUUAACGCACACAUUUAUUUCUUCAAUUCUGGAGGGCAUUGCACAACAAAAAGUGGCAUAUAAUUUUGUUUACUACUUAUGAAGAAUUAAUAACUAAUUUAUUAAAACUACGUAAAAGUACUUUUUUCUUUAUUGUCGGUGGCAAUUUAUCAAUUUUUAUUGCACAUUCUUAACUCAAAAAGGAUAAAAUUCAUGAAUACAUUUGUAUCAUUACAAAUGUAGUAAUAUUCAAAAUGUACAGGGGAGAUAGCAACCCAACUAUCUGGAUCCUAACUGUAUUCAGACUUACCCAAUGAUUUUCUUAGUUUUGGACUUGUUAUUGGCCGCAAACACUAUCCAAAAUUUAUAAAAUCGCAAUUUCGAGUGAGAUUUACUGAUAUAAUUUUUCAUUCAACACGAUGAGCCUCUACGUAAAGAUGUGAAUUAUUGGUGAAUUACAUGGGAAUAUUUUAAUUUAAUCGAAUCAUCAAGCAGGAAAAUUUCCCAAACUCGAUCACACUCCCGAUAUUUCACCAUUUUUUUAAAUCUCAGCUAUGUCACAAAAGACUCAACGAAGACCAAUGCGCAUAAAAUCAACUGACAAAAACAAUGUAAUAAACUGAAGGUGACUGAAGAAUAUUAUACACUGAGAAAAAAAUUUAUUCCUUCCAAGAAAAUGUUAUUGGUGAUAUCUUUUUCAUACUCUUA